AUGCCUGUCACAGAAAUAGAUAAAAAGAAUCAGUCACUAGACCAACAAUCUCAGUCACAAUCACAAUCACAGCCAUCUUCAUCCCAAUCACUGCAACAACAGGAAGAUUCACAACAACUACCCGAUGCUGAGGAUAUAGAAUCCACCAAUAAUCUUAUUGAUAGCUUAACUACCCAACAACAACAAGAACAAUUAUUCAACAAAUUACAACAAUUACAUCAGCUGCGCAAUCAAGAUUUCGUGUCCGAUGAUGAAAUUACACAAUCACACAUCACCGAUAACUCCACCUAUUAUGGCCCGUUGCACGACAAAUUUUUUUUCCACUCGCAAUCGCAACCACAACACCACCAACAUCACCACCAACGUUACCAAACACUUUCACAACAACAAAAUAAGUUGUUACUGUCGGAAGACGGCUCAAAUGGUAUAGAUAGUGAACAAAAUACAUUGUGUCCUGUAAUCCAUAACGGCAGCUCCACUUUCAAUUUGGCGCCAGAAAAUGCUGAUCAAGAACACAAACACGAUAUAGAACUACAGUUACAUUUGAAACAGCAACAGCAGCAACAAGAAAAAGAAGCAGAGGAGGAGAAACGUCGUCGACAACAACAGCAAGAAAGGGAAUUAUCAUUAAACAAUCAGGUGAGGAAAGGGUAUUCUUUAGAUUAUUUUGAUCAAUUUAAUAAUGUGCAUAAUGGUAUAAACAACUAUCAAGCAUCGGUUUUUGAUAAUAGAUAUUUACAACCUAAUUCUCUGUUCAUUGGUGAACAACAAUCUGGUAAAGCAAGCUUCCAUAUUAAAGUUGAGUUCAAAACAGUUGAUUUGUUUAAUUCGAUGAUUACUGGGUUUUUGCAAAUAAAUGGCUUGACUGAUAAAGAUUCUGAAAUUACUACAUAUUUCAAAGGGGAAAUUAUAAACAAUCCAUUGAAUCAUUUUAUAUUGAGAAAUAAUAACAUUGAAGGUGACUCUGACGUUGGUGUGAAUAGUUUUGAAAAUCCUUCCAUACAAAAAUAUUCAUUCGUGACAGAAAAUAAACAAUGGGGGUCAUUUGCUAAAAAUGAUUAUGAACAUUGGAAAAAAUUGACCCAAUCAACUACAUUUUUAUCUGAUGAAGAAUUGAUAAAACGAUUAGAAAAAGUACAACGAGGAGAACAAGAUGAUCAAUAUAUUUAUAUGAGAUGGAAAGAAGAAUUUUUAUUGCCUGAUUCAAGAAUUAAACAAAUAACAGGGGCUUCAUUUGAAGGUUUCUAUUAUAUUGUUUUGAACAUUGGUGGUGGUGGUAAUAAUAACAAUGGCCGUUUUGGUAAAGGUAGAUCCUUGUCCACUUCUUCAUCAGCAUCUUCAUCCUCCUCUUCUUCGUCAUUGUGUGAUGGAUUGUUACCUGGUGGUAUAAGUGGGUUAUAUUAUCAUAAAUCGUCAGAAAAAUUCCAAUCAUUGUCACUUCGUCAUGUUGAUGAUAAAGUAGAUGUUGGAACUUUUGAUUUUGUUUAG